UUAUGCCGCUUGAGUGACUUGCAUGGCCGGGUUGCGCUCUGCUUUGGCGGCGGUGAGUCCUAUACAAGCGUUGCAUUCAUGGCAAUCGAAAAACCUUGUUGAUACUGGCACCGUUUUAUCAGAGGUUGAGGGGACAUUUUCAUUGUUGGAUGCAAAUCAUGGCGGGCGUGGCCGUGCAGCUGCUCGAGGAGCAGUCGUCGACGCAUUGCGUCGUCGUCUCGAGGCGGUAGUCCCAAAUUUGGGCUAUAAUGUGCGCGUUUCGCUAAUUGAGUCAUCCUGGGCCUUUUCAUGUUUACCAGAGCUCCACCCAGUGACUGUGACACUGACAGAGACCUGGCCGGGGGAAAUGCCAGCGAAUAUGGCCUGUGCACUUCAUAAGUGGCCCGAGGAUGCAUUUAUGAGGCUGCCCAAAGUUGUUCGCUGGAAGUGUUGCAUGGUUAUUCCUGAGCGGUUUCGUAUGAUCCUGGCAUCACUUGUUGAACGAUGGUUCUCGAGUGUCGCUCCAGGCGUACGCAAGAAUCUAUUCGUGGCUUCACGUUCGACAACAUCGAGAGGUGGAUCUGCAGCUCGUCGUGCUGCAGAUCCCCAUCUUUACUCGGCACUCGGAGAUCUGGUAGGCCAUACCGAGGGUACCCUCCUCAAUUCUUUUGCGGUACUGGCAUGGCGUGGACUCAAGCAUGAUGUGACCCGUGGCCGUUCAUCAUUGUAUCCAAUAUUAUUUAUCGAUGUCGUGCUCAGUCUGAAAGUGCCAGCUGCUGGAUUGGCACGACGUGUUGCGACUGUUCUUGAUGGAGCUGUUUCACGGGGUGCGUGGGAUGAUGCAGCGAUCAGUCGACUGAAAUCCAUACUAAACGGCGAGAAGUCGCCGACGCUAGCAUGCGGGCAAUUUCAGACAAGCCUUGAACAUUGCUGGAUGCAGCUCAAGAAAACGGACACGUCGAAUCUGUUUGCUCUCCCCGUGACGGACAACGUAGUGACUGGUUAUUCUGCAGUUAUUCGCCAGCCAAUGGAUCUUAGCAUCGUGCGUUCAAAGAUAAGUUGUGCCCAGCAGUCUUAUCAUAGACUGGCUGCCUUCGAGCAAGAUGUCAAACUCAUGGUUGAGAACUGUAAACUAUUCAACGGUACCAAAUCGACUUACGCAGAUGCAGCAGACCUAGUCUGGGAUAGCUGGCUUCAAUGCAAAGCUCGGGAACAGUUGCGUGAUGAUAAUAUGACUACCACGCGGGCAGUUGCAUUUGCCGGAAGCCCUGCGGGUUGCAGCCAAGACUUUCAGCAGCUUUCGUGCUUCACAGAAUCUAAAAUAUCUCACAUGUUCCCAGCGCUGGUACUCAGUGAGCCUCAAUGUGCGGCGAUCGCCUCCUACGAACUCUGCAAUGAGCUGGAACUGUGCUUGAAUCUUCAGAUGAUUCCAAAUAAGCGACCUCGUAUUCCAGAACUUUAUCGUGUCCUUACGCUUCAUUUAGCUUCCAGGCGGGCACUUGGUAUUCAGGUUGAGAGUGCGCAGCAAGUAAUCAUGGACCUGCGGAUCGAUGCACCGCGGCUUCUUGCGUGUUUGGGAAGAUUCACCUACCAGCAAGCCUGUCCCGAUGCUGGUGUCAGAACACUGGAUCUACUCGGCCUUAUCCCAUCGCGAUCAAAGUCCGGUAUAAUUUCGGAUCACUCUCAAACCCAGUUUUGUAGACCCUCUGCCACAAUCACGAGCCCUGGCGUAUUCAAGAGCAGCUUCGUGGGACUCGGAGUUAACUCCCAACAAAUUGCAGCCACAUUCUACGCGCUGAACCAAGGGGGGGCUGACGGAAAAUGA